AUGAGUGUGACAUCAUGGUUCCUGGUCAGCAGCUCGGGCACUCGACACCGUCUCCCCAAAGAGAUGAUCUUUGUGGGCCGAGAGGACUGUGAGCUCAUGCUGCAGUCUCGCAGUGUGGACAAACAACAUGCCGUCAUCAACUACAACCCGACAACUGAUGAACACCUGGUGAAAGACUUGGGCAGCCUGAACGGGACAUUUGUGAACGACCUGAGGAUCCCUGAUCAGACCUACAUCACCCUCAAACUGUCUGACAUCAUCCGCUUCGGAUAUGAUUCUCACGUCUAUGUUCUGGAGAAGAGUCAACACAAAGUCCCGGAGGAGGCUCUGAAGCAUGAGAAGUACAGCAGUCAGCUGCAGAUGAGUAUGAAGGCUUCAGAGGGGAAGAAGACGGAGAUAGAAGAUCGAACGAGAGCCGAGAAAACGUCGAGUACCAAGAGUCUGUCACAGGAGGCUCCGGUGUGUCGGCCCACUCCUCUGUAUGGUCAGCCCUCCUGGUGGGGAGAGGAGGAUUAUGGGAGUAAAGUUCAUCCCAGCGAUGAACCUCCUGCAGAAGUCCAGAAAGACGCUUCGUCCAUGGAUCCGGACUUUUCUGGAUCUCUGUCAGACUCCCAACAAAAGACCGUCUUCCCUUCGUACCACCGCGAACCGAGCUACUUUGAGAUCCCCACCAAGGAUUUCCAACACUCCAAAACCUCGGGACCGGAGCUUCACGAGAUCCCCACCAAGGACACGGACACACCCCCGGCCCCGCCCUCCCCUCCCACCCCGACCCCGCCCGUCGUUCAGAGCCACGCCUCCUUCACCAUUGAGUUUGACGACUGUAUGCCUGGCAAGAUCAAGAUCAAAGACCACGUCACCAAGUUCUCCACUCGCCAGAGGAAGCAGCAGGCUCCGCCCAUCAAGACCGUGAUCGCAACGGCCACACCCGCUGAGGUGAUGUCAGCAGAGAGCAAGGUGGCUGAUUGGCUGGUCCACAGUGAUGUCAGCAUGAUGAGAAGACAUCCGACAUGUGAAGAUGUUUACAGCACCAAGAGCGACCUCGCCAUGAAUAUCAAGACCCUCAAAGGUCACCAUCAUGAGGAUGGAACCCAGAGUGACUCAGAGGACCCGGUUCUCAAAGGAAGGAGGAGUAAAUCCCACCAUUCUGUCCAGUCUCACCAUUCCGCCCAGUCCGAGCAGUCCGAGGCAUCGCAGCAGGCGGUUCAGCCGGGUCAGUCUAUCCACAGCCAGCCGCCUGCUCCAACACAGACGCUGCACCAGCCACUGCAGCACUGUCCACCCAGACUGGCCCCGGCCUCACCUGGGGUCCCUGAGCGGCCCCUGUCCCAAAGUCCUCCUCAAGCUCAGUCCCCCACCCCAGAAACACCCAAGCACGCCCCCCCCGAGCACUUCACCCAGCAGGCCUUUGUCAUUGAGUUCUUUGACGACAACCCUCGCAAAAAGCGUUCGCAGUCUUUCACACACAACCCGGCCCACGCCGACUCGUACUCUGCCCUGAAGGCCAAGCUGGAGCGACGGAAAGGCGGCGAGAGACCAGCAUCUGUGCAUGGCCACAUCCCUCCCACGCAGCAGGUGACAGUUCCUCUGAAGGGUCAGGUCCACAGCACCCCCCAGAGGUCGAGCUCUCUGAAAAGGGAGAAGACGGAUGGGGAGGCCGCAUCCUCUGGUUCCUCCUCUCGCUCAUCCUCGGGUAUCAUCAUCAGACCCUUUGGCAGUGUUGGUAAGAAGUCCAAGCUUGCCCAGGAGUUUGCUGCUGAAUUCCUAAGGGAUUCUGGUCAACAGGAUUCCUCUCCAGUUAGGGACAAGACAUCCCCUCCCCCAAUGUCUGCACCACCUGUGAUGGUGUCGCCUCCUCAUGCCAUACCCUCGCCCCAAGAAGCUCCAGCACCUUCAUCAAUCUCCUACCCAACCUCCCCCUUACAGCCUCCAGCAAUCUCAAAGUCCUCAAUCCCCACCAAUGCUGCCGGGCAGACCGCCUCUCCAGUCCACUCCUCUGGGCCUCCCAUGUCCCCCAUGCUGUCCCUGGGCGUUCGCACAACAGACCCAAAAUGUUCACAGAGGAUGAUGAGGAACGAGGAGGACGACAGCCUGAGCGAUGCGGGGACCUACACCAUCGAGACAGAGUCGCAGGACAAAGAGGUGGAGGAGGCUCGCAACAUGAUCGAUCAGGUGUUUGGUGUCCUCGACUCUCCAGAGUACAGUGGUGUGAACACAGGAGUUUAUAGACCUGUAAUAAAUGAUGGCAAGGAUGAGCAAGCUAACCUGCCUAGUGAUGGUAGCACUGUGGAUCCGUUGCAUGGCUUUAUCCCAGCCGCUAUCAGCGGCCUCCCAACAGGCCCCAUACAGGUUCCACCUGCUCAUGCAGCAGGUCUGGAAGGACCCAAGUGGGUUUCCCGUUGGGCCAGUCUGGCAGAUAGCUAUGCUGAACCUGGUUCUACUCCACCUCAAGGGGAAUGUCUGGAAGACUUGCACUUCAUGAGCCGGUCGAUGGGAAAUUACAGCUACGAUAACUCUGAGUCGGAGUCCAGCCACAGCUCCAGGACAAGAAGACUGCUGCCCCAGGUGCCUCCAGAAAAGCUAGAUAAUGUUCCUCCAAGUAUCCUGAUUCGCCAUGAACCUUUCCAAAGCAAGGAAUCUCUGGAUAGAAUGUCCGGUCAUCCCCGCCCACAGGACUCCACCCAGUGCCUGUCUAUUCAGGAUGAUGUGGACCCAGACAGCCUGAGUGAUGCCAGCCGCUCAGAUGAUGGACCUGUUCUGGAAAAAACAAAAAAGAAUCAGGCCAGGACUGAAUCUCUGUCUCCAGGGGGCGCUGGUCCUCAGUUCAGGGGUUCUGAGAAAGUGUCUCCCUCCACCAAAUCCACCUCCUUCUACAUUGGUUCUGAAGACAGUCCAGGCAAACCUGACCAGGCCCGGAGCCCAGUCCAGUCUGAAAGGACACGUGACCCACCAGCAAAAACUCCUCCUACCACUGUCCUGAUCCGACACCUGAGUGGACACGAACCCAGGAGGACAGGUGUUAAACCCAACAGCUCUGCUCCAAACCUCCAAAUGCCGGACAAGGAUUAUGUCCCUGCCAAAGACAGCUGCAUAUCAUCCAUUGUCCGGCAGGAGAGCUUCACCAAAGACCAGCCCAGCGACACCAUCCAGAUGAAGAAGCUUCCCCACAUCUCCAGCCACCCUUCCAUCAGAGAUUUGGAGCAGAGGAGGGAGAACAUCCAGGACACACAGUCCUUCCUUCAAGAAGCAGAGGGAACUCUGUCUUCUCUUGAUACCAAGUUCCCCUCAUCUGGCUCUGGUCGGAGUUCAAAGAAAGGAGGCUCCUCGACCCACAUGGACGACUCCCUUUCUGGUGAGUCAGACGUGGACACAGCAAGCACCGUGAGCCAGGUGAGUAGCAAAAAUGCUCCAGUCAGCUCUGCUUCCAAAAAGCGUCCUACCAUCAGCAGCCUUCAAAAGGAGAAGUCCUCCUCUAGCCCGUCAAUACAAGAGAAGGGACGUCAACUCACCGCCCGUGAACGGCUUUCUGAGAAACGGCGAAACCAGGUGACAACAGAUGCAUCGAGCAAGGCUGAGCCGGUGAAGCGCUUUCAGAUGCGCCGCAGUGCAGGCAACCGUGGCUCUUUGGACCUGUCAGAGGGUCUGCAGGGUUCUGGUCCACACUGGACUGAAACAACAUCAUCUGAUCAUGAAAUUUCACGUCCGUCCAGCCGUAGCAAGAAACUCAUCGCCCCUCUUCAGAAAGAAGACAAUGGAAAGACACCUAAGACGGCAACUCAGCAGGUUCUGACACGUUCCAACAGCCUGUCGGCACCUCGGCCAACUCGGGCAUCCAUGCUUCGUCGAGCACGUCUGGGCGAGGCCUCAGACAAUGAAGGUGCUGAGACCGAUCGGGGCUCCCAGAACUCGGACCACAUCUCUGCACCAUCCAAAGUGUCUGCCGAGGGGAAGAAGCUGUCCAGGCUGGACAUCUUAGCGAUGCCCAGGAAGAGAACCGGCUCCUUCACAGCUCCCAGUGACAACGAGACGUCCUCCACAGGCCGUUCCAGUUUCUCCAAUAAGAACUCUGAGUCUGUUGUCGCGGCCAGGAAGACAUCUGUGGGUGAUGCCCGCCAGACAGCUAGCAAAGGGGGUGGAGCUCUUGGGAAGCAACCAUUGACCCGUACCCGGUCCAGUGGAGCCAAGUACCCCAGCACUGGUUCCCGUCGCAGACAGAAGGGCUCCGACUUCUCUUCAUCCUCUGAGGAAGAAUACGAAAUGAAUGCUGGGACUCCCAAAGCCAAACGCUCCUCCCAUCCCUCCACCUCCGCCCAGACGCCACGUGGCCACCGGACGGCUGCCACCCGAUCCAAGUCUGUGUCCCUGGAGACGGAGGAGGAGGAGGACCAGAACGAAGUGGACCCCUACCAGAACUGGUCCACACACAGCGCCGAGAUCGCAAAGCUCAGUCAGGACCUAGCCAAAGAUCUUGCCAUCCUGGCAAAGGAAAUUCACGAUGUUGCCGGGGACGGAGACUCGCCGAGCUCUGGCAUGGGUACCACCACCUCGCCCAGCUCGCUGCCCAACACGCCAGCCUCCACCAUCUCUGCCAGGGAGGAGGCGCCAUCUUAUCCAUACUUACGUGGGGUUCGACCAUCUCAGCUGGUCCAACAUAUCCCUGAGGCCAGUUUAAACUACCAGAAGGUUCCUCCAGGCUCUGCUGCAGUCUCGGACCUGGACGCAAACAUGAAUGAGCCGGAGCCCGGUUCUAAGCAACGCCGUCCGUGGAACCGCGAAGAGGUGAUUCUGGACAACCUGAUGCUGAAUCCAGUGUCUCAGCUGUCCCAGGCCAUCCGCGAGAACACAGAGCAGCUGGCUGAAAAAAUGAAGGUUCUGUUCCACAACAAGGCGGGGGUCUGGGAGGAGAUCGAGGCGAAGAUCAACGCUGAGAAUGAAGUCCCCAUCCUGAAAACUUCCAACAAGGAAAUUACCUCUAUUUUGAAAGAGCUGAGAAGAGUCCAGAGGCAGCUUGAAGUUAUAAACACCAUCGUGGAGCCUGGGGGGAGUCUCCAGACUGCAGCCGUCGGGACGUCGUCUGUCAGUCAGACUCGGCCGUCCUCGAGGGAGAAGAAAUCUGCCGCCAAACCCCGAGGCACCCCCCCAACCUCCAACGUCAAUGAAAGCACCAAAAGACCACCUCGUGGACCCGACGGGGCCCACUACAUGGCCUGA